CAAAAACUGAUUUGCUUCUUGAAACAAGAUACAAGGAUAAAGAUUUUUUUCUUCGACUAGAGAAAAAAUCAUUAACCUCGGAAAGUUUUCUACCUUUGAGACUGAAAGAACAGUUGCAAAGAGAAAUCUUUUCUAUUGUUAGUAUCAUAAAAAAUGACAAGACUCAUAAGCACUCCAUUCAAACUUAGACAGAUAGCUAGACUUUCUAGCUUCAAGUCGGUCUUGAGAACUCAAAAUAAGUCAUACUCCACUGCAUCUUAUGAAGGUGGUAACAUAGUGAAAAAAUUCAAGGACGACAAUGGUUUGCACCUCGUAGAUGUCUCCAAAGUUUUGGUGAUUGGGUCAGGUGGGUUGUCCAUUGGUCAAGCAGGUGAGUUUGAUUAUUCUGGUUCACAAGCUAUCAAGGCACUGAAGGAGGAAAACAAGAAAUCCAUCUUGAUAAAUCCUAAUAUCGCAACCAAUCAGACAUCUCAUUCAUUGGCAGACGAAGUUUACUACUUACCAGUUACUCCUGAAUACAUUACAUAUAUCAUUGAGCGUGAAAAACCAGACGGUAUUCUACUCACUUUUGGUGGUCAAACCGGUUUGAACGUUGGUGUGCAGUUGAACAAGAUGGGUAUCUUGGAGAAGUAUGGUGUCAAGGUUUUGGGAACUCCUAUCAAAACUUUGGAAACUUCUGAAGAUAGAGAUCUUUUCGCUCGUGCAUUGAAUGAAAUUAAUAUUCCAAUUGCUGAAUCUAUUGCUGUGAAUACAGUGGAUGAUGCACUUGCAGCUGCUGCCAAAGUCGGUUACCCCAUCAUUGUCAGAUCUGCAUAUGCUCUUGGCGGUUUAGGAUCUGGUUUUGCUAACAAUGAAUCUGAAUUGAGAAAUUUAUCAGCUCAAUCGUUGUCAUUAGCUCCUCAAAUUUUAGUUGAGAAGUCAUUGAAAGGCUGGAAAGAGGUUGAGUACGAAGUUGUCAGAGAUAGAUGUGACAAUUGUAUCACUGUUUGUAACAUGGAAAAUUUCGACCCUCUAGGUAUCCAUACAGGUGAUUCCAUUGUUGUUGCUCCUUCCCAAACUUUAUCCGAUGAAGAAUAUCACAUGUUAAGAUCUGCUGCUAUCAAAAUCAUCAGACACUUGGGUGUUGUUGGUGAAUGUAAUGUCCAGUACUGCUUGCAGCCAGAUGGAUUAGACUACAGAGUUAUUGAGGUGAAUGCGAGAUUGUCAAGAUCUUCCGCUUUGGCAUCCAAGGCCACAGGUUAUCCAUUGGCUUACACUGCUGCAAAGAUUGGUCUUGGCUACACCCUUCCACAAUUACCAAAUCCUGUUACAAAAUCUACCUCUGCUAAUUUUGAACCAUCACUUGAUUAUAUCGUCACUAAGAUUCCUAGAUGGGAUUUGGCUAAAUUUCAACAUGUGAAAAGAGAUAUUGGUUCUGCUAUGAAGUCUGUUGGUGAAGUUAUGGCAAUUGGUAGAAUCUUUGAAGAAUCUUUCCAAAAGGCAAUUAGACAAGUUGACCCUUCAUUUAUUGGUUUUCAAGGUGGCAAGUUCGAAGACUUAGAUGACACAUUGGCAAACCCAACUGAUAGAAGAUGGUUAGCUGUUGGCCAAGCUUUAUUGCAUGAGGGUUACUCUGUUGACAAGGUUCAUGAGCUCUCUAAGAUUGAUAAAUGGUUCUUGAACAAGUUGAUGAAUAUUGUGAAAAUGCAAAAGGAAAUGGAAGGUCUAGGAUCAAUUGAAAAAAUCGACGAAGAUGUUAUGUCUAGAGCCAAGAAGUUAGGGUUCUCUGAUAAGCAGAUUGCAUUAGCAGUUGGUUCAGACGAACUUUCCGUCAGAUCAUUGAGAAAGAGUUAUGGUAUUACUCCAUUCGUGAAGAGAAUUGAUACUUUGGCUGCAGAAUUCCCCGCUUCUACCAACUACCUAUAUACUACAUACAAUGCUACGUGCCACGAUGUUGAGUUCCAAGAUCAAGGUACAAUGGUGUUGGGAUCCGGUGUUUACAGAAUUGGUUCAUCCGUUGAGUUCGAUUGGUGUGCUGUUUCGACUGCAAGAGCAUUAAGAAAGGCAGGUAAAAAGACCAUCAUGGUCAACUACAACCCGGAAACUGUUUCUACAGAUUUUGAUGAAGUUGACAGAUUGUACUUUGAAGAAUUAUCAUUUGAAAGAGUUAUGGAUAUCUACGAAUUGGAACACUCGGAAGGAAUUGUUGUCUCCGUCGGUGGUCAAUUACCACAAAACAUUGCAUUAAAGUUGCAGAACACAGGUGCACACAUCUUAGGGACUAACCCUGAAGACAUUGACAAGGCCGAAGACAGACACAAAUUUUCCUCCAUUUUGGAUACUCUUGGUGUUGAUCAACCUGAAUGGAAGGAAUUGACCUCUGUUGCCGCAGCUGAAGAGUUUGCCAAUGCUGUCGGUUUUCCAGUCUUGGUCAGACCAUCUUACGUCUUAUCUGGUGCAGCCAUGUCGGUUAUCAGAUCACAAUCCGAGUUGGAAAGUAAGUUAUUGAAUGCUGCUGAGGUUUCGUCUGAACAUCCCGUUGUCAUCUCCAAAUUUAUUGAGGGUGCACAAGAGAUUGAUAUUGAUGCUGUUGCAGCCAACGGUAAGGUCAUUGUUCAUGCUGUUUCUGAGCAUGUUGAAAACGCAGGUAUUCAUUCAGGUGACGCAACUUUGGUGUUGCCGCCUCAAGAUCUUGAUGACGCUAUCAUGGGCAGACUAAAGGAAAUUGCCGACAAAGUUGCGGCUGCUUGGAAGAUCACUGGUCCUUUCAACAUGCAAAUCAUUAAGGCCGAAAACGCAAAGACAGGUGUCCCAGACUUGAAGGUUAUUGAAUGUAACAUCAGAGCAUCCAGAUCGUUCCCAUUCGUCUCGAAGGUGUUGGGUGUCAACUUCAUUGAAGUUGCUGCCAGAGCACUCUUGCAAGACUCCACCUUGAAGCCAGUUGACUUGAUGGGCAAGAAGUACGACUACGUUGCUACUAAGGUUCCACAGUUCUCAUUCACCAGAUUGGCUGGUGCUGACCCAUUCUUGGGUGUCGAAAUGUCCUCCACCGGUGAGAUUGCUUGUUUCGGUAAAGACUUAAUCGAGGCAUACUGGACCACCAUCCAAGCCACCAUGAACUUCCACUUGCCAUUGCCACCAUCCGGUAUCUUGUUUGGUGGUGACUUGACCAAGGACUUCUUGGGCACUGUUGCAAACCGUUUGGGUGGCCUUGGCUACAAGUACUACGCCACGACUCCAGAGGUCGCCCAGUACUUGAGCGAGUACACUGACGUGAAGGUCGAGGUCAUCGAGUUCCCAAAGACCAACAAGAGAGAGUUGAGAGAGGUUUUCCAGAAAUACGACAUCAAGGGUGUGUUCAACUUGGCCAAGGCCAGAGCAGAAAGCCUUGACGACGAGGACUACGUCAUGAGAAGAAACGCUAUCGACUUCGGCAUCCCACUUUUCAACGAACCACAAACUUCGAUGUUGUUUGCGGAAUGCUUGAAAGAGAAGCUUCCAGCUAGACUCGCAGAUCUGCGCAAGUCCGAGGUUGUCAUUCCUCCUGAGGUCAGAAGAUGGAGUGAGUUCAUUGGCGGCAAGCCAGUGUGAGCCCUGCCUCCACGAUACUGUGUACAAGUAAAUAAGUAAAGACUAUAUCAUCUAUAAUCAGAUUCUAAUUUUAACGAACCGAAAAGAAACAAUGCAACAACGGAA